GCUGUCAUGUGACUCACUGUGUCCUAGCAUGAGAAAAGCUUCACCUCAGGCAAAGCGCUAGUGUGCUUUAUGUCCAGCGAGAUAGAAGUGCGAUGGCUCUACGGGACGAACUUCUUAAGUCAAUAUGGCAUGCGUUCACAGCCCUGGACGUGGACAAAAGUGGAAAAGUUUCCAAAUCGCAGUUAAAGGUGCUCUCUCAUAACUUGUGCACUGUGAUGAAGAUACCGCACGACCCGGUUGCCCUUGAGGAGCACUUCAAAGAUGACGAUGAAGGGCCUGUCUCUACUCAGGGCUACAUGCCCUACUUGAACAAGUUCAUUUUGGACAAGGUCCAGGACAACUUUGACCGGCAGGACUUUAACAGAAUGUGCUGGACCCUGUGUGCCCGGAAGAACCUUAACAGAACAAACAUCCUCAUCUCUGACGAAGACGCCUUCAAGAUCUGGUGCAUCUUCAACUUCUUGUCUGAAGACACAUACCCACUGACCAUUGUUGCUGAGGAGAUUGAGUAUUUCCUGCGUAAGCUGACAGAGGCCAUGGGUGGCAGCUGGGUGGAGGAGCGCUUUGAGGACUUAAAGACAGAGUUGAGCGCCAAGCAACAGUGCCUGAGUGGCUGGGAGCUCAUCACCCUGGUGGGCACGGGCACCUUUAGCAAAGGCAUGGACCGCCAGACCAUCUCUAUGGGCAUCACUGAGGUCUUCCACGAGCUCAUCCUCGAUGUACUCAAACAGGGCUACAUGAUGAAAAAGGGCCAUAAGAGGAAAAACUGGACCGAGCGCUGGUUCGUUCUGAAGCCCAACUCCAUAUCCUACUAUGUGAGCGAGGACCUGGCAGAGAAGAAGGGUGACAUCAUGCUAGAUGGGAACUGUUGUGUGGAGUCGUUACCAGAUAAGGACGGAAAGAAGUGCCUGUUCUUGGUCAAAUGCUUGGACAAAAGCUUUGAGAUCAGCGUGUCUGACAAGAAGAGGAAGCAGGAAUGGAUUCAGGCCAUCCAGACAUGUAUCAGUCUGCUGAACCUGGGACGGCCAGCUCCACAUCGUGAGUCACGCCAGAAGAGGCGGGAGCUGAGGCAGAAACAGCAAGCGGAGCAGGAUGAACUGGAGCUCCGCAUGAGGGAGCUGCAGACCGCAAACGAAAGCAAGCAGCAGGAACUCGAGGACAUGAGGAAGAAACUGGAAGAGGCAGCAGCCAAUGCGGCAGAGGAGGAGAGGAGACGUCUGCAGACCCAGACUGAACUACAGGACCGCUACAGGAUGGACCUGGAGAAGGAGAAAAUGGUGCGACAGGAAAUGGAGGUGCAGGUGGCUCAGAAGUCCAGUGAGCUGGAGCAGUACCUGCAGCGUGUCCAGGAGCUGGAGGACAUGUACCAUCGCCUCGAGGAUGCCCUGGAGGACGAGAGGCGCGCCAGGCAGGACGAGGAGACGGUCCGCAGGCUCCAGGCCCGGCUACUAGAGGAGGAGGCUGUCAAGCGGGCUGAACUGGAGCAGAUCCACCUUCACCAGCAGAGGGCCAUCUCGGAGACGGAGGCAGAGAAACAGGAGCUGCAGAAGGAGAGGACAGCCAAGGAGAGUGCCCUGCAAGCUGCCAUGCUGCAGCUGGAACAGCUGGAAAGCGAGAGGAAGGGGGCGCUGGAGCAGUACCAGGCGGUAAUGCUGAAACUGGAGGACGCAGCAAAUAACACCCGGACCUGGAAACAUAAAGUGGCUCACCAUGAGGGAUUAGUUCGUCUCAUUCAACCAGGUUCCAAGGGGCCUCAGAAGAUUACUAACUGGGGCCCAGCUGCCUUCACCGAGGCGGAACUGAGUCUGAGGGAGAAAGACUGGCAGGAGAGGAAGAACCGAGCCGCCCAGACGCAGUAGAGUCCCCAUCCCCUCUUUCAGCACUCUCCUGGUUGCUGGACCAUUUAUGAAGAACAACGCUGCCCUUAGUAUACAACUUCCCAUCGCCAGCUUUCUUUAACCAACCCAAAGGGAAACAGGAAAUGCAGGUUCACUUUUACAGAGACACCCUGGUCGUGUUUAUUAGGCCCUAAAUGGAAGAUUACUAACUGAAACAUUCAGGGCAUAUCUGGACUUGUUUUUUCUGCUGCAAAGUGCUUUAGAAAACUUUUUCUGUUCCCUAAUGAACACUGCCUAGUUUAGAGCAGGUGCUAAACAGAUCUUAACACCACCCGGAUAGUCUUAAAGGAAAACGAAUGGGCAGAUUUAAAUUGAUUUCAUAUGAUGGACUAAAGGAGAGCUACACUUGACACCCUAAGCAUUCAGUGUCUGCGUGGAGAAAUAGCAUAGUCAUAAACAUUUGGUUCUUUGUUUUGUGUGUGUUUACAUUUUGUAUUUGUUCCUAAGGGAUUUUACAGAUGUUUUUUGUCCUUUUUUUUAUGUAAAACGACUGCUUUAGUAGUCUAAUCAGAGUAGUUCUAAUCCGUUUUUUCUGGGUUACCGUUUCAGUUUCAUUGCAAAAGUGGCAGCCCUUACAGCGCUUAACAGCCCAUGAAGACCCUCAAAUAAAAAAAUCAACAGUCAAAUUAUAUACAUACGUAUAAAUAAUAUCAAAACAAACUACAGCUUAUCCUACUAACUAGCCAUCCAUACUUAAGGCUACUACUCCCAUUACCAAAUGUUAUUUGCUAUGUCACACCGGACACACUGUUGCUAGCAGUUAUCCUGGUACCAGGACCAUGCUUAUGGUGGGAUGGAAGUUACAGUGUGUAUAACUUUUUUGUUUUUUAGAUUCUUGAAUGUGUGUAAAUAGCUGAAGACUGAACCCUGUAUUAAAACCAUUACAGCUACUAAAUUCCCCUUUUAAAUCUUAGGUUUGUGGUGUUUGUAGGUGUAAAUUGUGGCUGAUUGUUGUGAGUCAGUAUAGUAGGCUAGAGACUUGGCUUCGUAGCCUUGGCUUCAACGAUGUCGAGAUGUGUCCUCUUAAGCAAACCCAAUGGCAUUUUGGUUCUCAUCACUCUGUUCGUUCAACCAGGAUUUCUAUGAGCCAGAAUCCUUAUGUCCCAGAAGGAACGCACUCACCCGCCUUCUGCUUGAUUGAAGUCAAAGGCACCGAAGUGGUUACAAGGAGAUGCAAGAGCACGACGAGGCACGUUAACCAGAUCUGAAUAUUAACCUGCCAAACCCGGGUAGUGCUGGCCAAUUAUACCGCCCCCGCAGGACCCCUGGCCUACCAGCAGGAUUACAAUCAACGACGCGGCUACCAGCAAAGCUGUGACUUUACCUCUGCGCUAUUAAGGGGGGCCCCCACACGUGGUGUAAAAUUACCCCAGAAUCACCCGAGGGGCAGACCGUUCAAUGUCGGGCAGGUUUGCACUGUCUCAUCGCGCCCUAGAGACGUCUUGUGUUAGGUCGGCACCUACGAGCUCAAUUGUUGUUUUUGUCUGUGAAUGUGUUCACCUUGACACAUGUUUGCUGACGUCAGCUUCCAGGUUUAGCGGGCGGCGCGAUAUGAUGCAGGACAGGUUUUUGAUCCCUAUUUUCAUUAUAGGGAUAGUUCCUUUACAAUGCUGAAGCAUUCUGCUGUUGAAAUUAUUGGGAAUGCUUCAAAUUUCCUAGUUCAUGAAGUAGAAAUGGCAACAACAAGUCAAAUAAAGUUAGUUGUUUUUAGUUCAUGGGUGCUGCUUUGAAUUUAAGGAAAGUCAUUAGUUGUUGUAUAUUGGCCAUAGACCAACACCCACUGUGUCUUAUUGUUUAAUUGUACUGUGAUGCCAGUUAAACAAGGGAAUUGGAAUGGUUGUUUCAAAUUGUCCUCAAGGGGGCAUCAUUGUUUCAGGACAUCUCCAACCAGAUUGAUUCUACUCUGAUGUGAUGUUACAACCUGUCAUUCCGUUGUGUUGGUAUGUAUGCGCUUGUGCCUGUAGUAGAUAGGGUCAUCAUUUUUGUGGGCCCUAUUUCCACUUCUUCACUGGACAAGCCUGCCACCCUCUAAAUAAAUGUUUGUCUCUUACCUAUACUGAGAUGCAAACCAAAAUCACUAA